AUGGGUCGAAAAGGUUCUAACGAUGAUGUUUUUAACGUUUAUGAGGAGACUUCAGGUACCAUUAUUGGAACUGAUGCUACCGAUGAAAAAGGUCAAUUGAUUGAUGGAAUUCAUGAUGUGAAGAUUGUUGAUAAUAAAGAAAUUGCUCUUGUUCUUUAUAAAAAUGAUUAUACUUAUAAUUGGAUACCAGUUCAAAAUUUGAGAAAUUCUGAUGAUUUAUUACAAGCAUAUAAAAAAAAACUACAAGAUUGGAAUAAACGUGAAGUUAAUAGAACAUCUCAAGAGAUGCAAGAUAUUAAAUCUUCUGAUUUAAAUAAUGAAAAUUUUACUGAAAAACCUAUCGUGAAUAAUUCUAUCCACUCUCCUGAAUCUCCUGAAGUUUGUUUAAAUAAUCAAUCUACUGAUAAAAUUGAAAAGUCAAAGGGCAAGAAACGUGCUCGUGAUGAUGAUGAAUCUCAACCAAAUGUUGUUGUAAAGAAGCGUGUUGGACGUCCAAAGAAAAGUUUAAUUAACAAAAAAAUUAAGGUUAAAAGACCAGUUGGUAGACCAAAAAAAG